CCCUCCGGGCAUCCCCAGACUGCCGCAUCACUCUCCAUUCUCCAAGCACCGAGGCACCGGCAAUGGUCUUCCCCGUCCCCGGCCUUCCCAGGCUCCAAGCCAGGAAUCAGGCAUGCGGCGAACCUAACUGCUGGUAUCGAGUUUCUACGCCUCCCAGGUUAGGAGCUCGACCGCCGCCGCCGCCGCCGUCUCCACCCUCUGCCCCUCGCCGCUAGGAGGGCGCCGAAUCGGUGAGCGAUGCCGCCCUCGCUAGUUCCCCGCCACCGGCGAUUGCUCCUGGGCGGCGACCGUACCUCUGCCUCCGGCCUGCACUCAUCUCAGCCUCCGUCGUCCUCGGCUCCGACCCCGCACCUCCGCUCACUCUUGGCUACUCUGUGGUCUGUGCGGACCAAGGCGUCCGGACCGUCAAGAUACUCAAAUGCGUAGCGAUCCCGGCUGAGGCACUGGACUGGAACUGGAUGAAGCCAUUGAAAAGGAGGUGAAGGGACAUAGUCAUGAUGGUGGCUCCACUCGUUUAGCAGUGUACCUGCAACCCAAAUAAGAAUAUCUAGCUCUGUAAGUCAAAACAUCUGAAAUGUUUGGUAGGAUUUAUAUAUUGAUUUUAGAACUGCCUUAGUGCAUGAGUUAUUGUAGCAUGUAAAUAUAAAUUUGCAUUGGGCAUCUUUUGAUUAUUAACUUCUUUUUUCGCUUGUUUCAUAUUUUCUCUGGCUGUGGCAUAUUUAAUUAGUACUUGCUGCAGUCUGUGGAUUUGCUUCUAGUCAUUGGCAACUUGGACUUGUUACUUGCCUGUUCCAGUUAUCUUUCAGACAUGUUUGUAGAAUUUCUGUCUGCGUCUCUUAAUUGUUCCUGUAAUAGUUCAUGCCUACAGGUUUCUUUCAGGAAUUCAUUAUUAUUGACAAAGAUGACAAUUUAUAGAAUUAUAUCAGUUACAAUCAUACGACAACUAUUCAGUCUGAUUAACUACUGAAUCUUCAGACGUACCACUGAACAGUGACAACACUAGCUUAUUCCUUGACAUCAUCAUGUUCUCCAUCUUUGUCAGACAGGUGAACGAAAUGACUCGAGCGCAGAUAGUUAGCGGCAACUGAUGAUGACGAUAUUGGAAGUGUUCUUAAUUGGGUAACUGCUGGAUUAUAUGGCUUCACAUGAAUAAGUUCCCUUCGUGACGAUAUAUGAUUUGCUGAUUCCUUGGUUAUAACAGUAGUAAAUAUAUUACUGAUGUAAGAUGCAAGAUAUGGUUAAUUUCUGUGGUGUAUCUCUGUUGAGACUGGACUUUUUAUGAUGUCAUUGCUGUGUCGUGUAUGCAUUUUGUUUUUUUUUCCUGAUAGUAGUCUGGUAGAACCAGCCUUUCUUCUACAUGUUGUUCAGUAUGUAUGGAACUAUUUUCAUUAUCUGCUAGGACAGUUUGGCCUCUUUUUAGUUGUCUUCCAUUGAAGAACAAGCUAAUGUUCACGGAUGUUUCACUAUAUUUGCUUCUUGCCAUAUUUGAAUUGCUGCAGCUCUAAAGCUGCACUAGGGCACUGUGCUGUCUGCAGCUUCUGUAGCCGUUGCUGGCUGGUUGCUGGAGCUGCAACCAGCACAACCGAGCACAGCCAAGGUUUCUGGCUUGAAAGCAAAAAAUCUUGUCUACCAGUGUCAAGAUCACUACAGCCACAUCCUGGGCUGAAAACAAACAUCAACAUGGACUAAAGAAGCAUUGGUAUCAUUCGCUGAAAGUUUUGCUCAUACUUGCAAUACCAGGCUGUUGCCAACAUAUGGAGCCGCAGGUAGCUUCAGAAGCCCAAAUGGAAGGUGUGGCCCAGGUGCAAUUUGUCUAAAACUGAUCCAGAGAGUUACCGGCAUAACUUAGGCCUUGUUUAGUUCGCAAAAUUUUUGGUUUUUGGCUACUGUAGCACUUUCGUUUGUCUAAUCACGAAGUAACUAGGCUCAAAAGAUUCAUCUCACAAAUUACAGAUAAACUGUGUAAUUAGUUUUUAUUUUCGUCUAUAUUUAAUACUCCAUGCAUGCGACUAAAGAUUCGAUGUGACGGGGAAUCUUGAAAAUUUUUGCGAACUAAACAAGGCCUUACCAGCCUGCAGUUGUGUACUUGUAGCACCAACCACCCCCAGUCUCCAUCCUGAAUGGCAUCCACUGAUUGAUUGAAGCUUUAGAAUUGCUCAGGUAUCUGUGCUUUAUGUCUCUACAGUAUGGUUCAUCUGCAGAAUGCAUAUUCAUGCAUUAUUAUAUUUGUAUGCUGACAGCCACUUCCAGAUCCCAAUAGUGAAAAAGACAACAUGCCUAAUAAGAUGAUAACGUAUAACAUCACCAAGUGGCCUGCUUGCUAGCUCUGUAUGAUUAUAUUUGUAUGCUAACAUGGCAUUGUGGAAUCCCAACAGUAAAAAAUUUUAUCUUGUACCUAAUAUGACGAUAACAUAUAACCUGCCCUAGUGGCCUGCUUGCUACUCUACAGGUACCAAUCACUGCUGCCUGACAUCUCCUCUUGGCUGGGUACUUGACGAAUUUUGGUCACCAGUUACUAGGAGCUACUGCACCCGAAUGCAGGAGGCAGGAUUAACAUUGGUAUGGCUGCUGGACCUUUGGAAUAGAUGGGCGACCCAGUUCCUUGUGGUCUUUAGCCUCAUGCAGCAGCUUGUCCUGCUCUUCUUUGCUGGCGUCCGGCGGCAUAAAGACGGUGGUGUAAAGAUGGGCUUUCUCUGGCUGGCAUACCAGCUGGUUGACUACACCACAACAUACGCUCUGGGAAACCUUGCCAUCAGCAGUGCUCCGCAUGAGCACCAACUGGUGGCGUUCUGGGCGCCUUUCCUCCUCCUGCACCUCGGUGGCCCAGACAACAUCACUGCCUACUCCCUGGAGGACAACAAGCUCUGGGAGCGCCACUUCCUAACUCUUGUUGCACAGGUGCUGGGAGCUGGAUAUGUCCUCUACAAGCACGUCUCCGACCACGGGACCCUGUUCGUGACGGGCGCUGUCUUUAUGAUGGGUGUCGGAGCUGUCAAGUUCUGGGAGAGGACAUGGUCUCUCAGGCAAGCCAGCUUCAGCAUAAUCCGGGAAUCAGUGAAGACAGAGGCACCAGCCAGGUGCAUUUUUUUCCUCGAGUAUGAGACCCCUCCAUGUGGAUUCAAGGGGGAUACUGCCCAAGAAGAAGAACUCUUCAAGCGGCAUGCUCAUGCCCUGUUCCAUGUCUGCAAGUCUGCCAUGGUUGAUUCUUCAAUUGAUGAUGAUGGUUCAAAUACUAGAAGUAACCAUGGUGAUCUUGGUCAAGUCCUUGAAGGCUUCAAAAAGCAAGACACAAAGUACAAGUGGAUGCUGAUGGAGAUAGAGCUGUCUCUUAUGUAUGACAUUCUCUACACCAAGGCAGCCAUGGUCCACACCUGGUUUGGCUAUUGCAUCCGUAUCGUCUCCGUGCUCACAGUAUCAACCUCGCUCCUGCUGUUCUGGUUCAGUGUCAAAGCUGGGUACAGCAGGGUCGACGUUGUUAUCACUUAUGCCUUGUUCGGUGGUGCCUUGCUUCUGGAGAUCAUAUCGCUGCUGGGAGCCCUAUUAUCCACCUGGACAUUUGCCUUUCUGUGCUCCACGCAAUGGAGUGGCCUUCGGCAUGCAGCCUUGUGUUCGGGAAGGUGGAACCGGCUUCGUCGUGUGGUCAUUUCCCUUCACCGGCUAGCCUACAUCACAAGAGUUGCUGACUACUUCAGAUUAUCAAGGAGGUGGCAUGGUACCAUGGGGCAGUGCAACAUGUUGGACAUGUGCACCCGUCGGGGCACAACCCGACCUCUUCGCGGCAUAUGGGCUAGGAUGCUAGGCUCCAGCGUUUGGACCGUUAAUAUUCCAGACACAGUCAAGGAACAUGUGGUGGGUUAUAUAAAUUCCAUCAAUGAAGAUGGUUCAAUAAACACACUGGGGGUGAUUAGGAAGAACUGGGGUCAGGUCGCACUGGAGCGCCAUGAUUUUAAGGUUGAGGAGGCACACCUUGGUGCUGAGGUCCAAGAGGCCAUCGUCAUCUGGCACAUUGCCACUGAUAUCCUCCUCGUAAAAUUGGAGAAGUUGAGGACCAAGGACACCGAGAGUGUUGUAGGGGCAAUCAAGGCAAUCUCCCACUACUUGAUGUUCCUCCUUGUUGAACGCCCUGCUAUGCUACCUGGCCUUGCUCAGAUCAAGUUAUACCAACGGACGGAAAAAACUCUGUCUGAUGAAUGGAAAGGUGUUGUUGACGAGUUAGCCCCCACUCUCAGUUCAAGCUGGAUUUACACCAUCUAUACAGUGGUCAUGGAAUUGCAUGGUGGUGGCGCCAGCUCUAAUUCUCGGAUCCACCGAAGAGAGCAACUUGCCAAGAGACUACUCAAUCACCAGCCUAAGUUGGACAAAUUUGGCAUAAAAUCUCGUGUAAGAUUUGGGAUCAGUCUAGCGGAAAAACUGCUCACGAGGGAGGGCAAAAAGAAGGAUUCAUUGCGAAUAGUCUUAGAUGUGUGGACAGAUAUUCUAGUCUACGUGGCCAACCGAUGCAGCAGAGAGUCGCAUGCUAAACAGCUUAGCAUAGGUGGCGAGUUUACAACUCUCAUAUGGCUUAUGACAGAGCACUGUCAUCAAGCCAGUUACAGGCCAACCUCUUAGUUAGGGAUGGCAAUGGCCCCGUCCACUGUUUCAUGGCUGAUCUUAUUAAUCCUCAUACUUGGGAUGUGGUUAAAUAUGACAUUGGAUCUGUGCAUAUUUUAUAUCAUAUAAAAACAUUAUAUGAAAUGUCGAGCCACAUUUGAUUCUAUUUAA